AUGUCUCUUGGCGAACUAAGAUUAUUCAAGAAAUCAACGGACGAUCUACGAUUAACAUAUUCAGUGACAAAUCAGUCGAUCGUCACUAAAAAUGCAACAUCACAAUCAAGUAUUAAAUGUGCCUUUCAAUUUUUACAAUUAUUAUUAUUACAAAAACUUUAUUCUAAUGAAUAUUCGUUUCGUUCUUUAACAAGUCAACAUAAUCAUCAUCAUCGACGUACGCAUGAUUAUUGUCAAAGGCAUCGAGGAAAACAUAAUUGUUCGUAUCAAGUUUUUCUUGGUGGUUCAUGUAAUCCGACCACAUGGCGUCAUGAACAAGCGAUACCAUAUUUUCAAUCACGCUCAGUUUCCUAUUUCAAUCCACAAGUAAAUAAUUGGACAGAAGAUUUGGUUGAAAUAGAACAUAAAGCUAAAGAAUUAGCGCCCCUAUUAUUUUUUGUUAUCGAUCAAGAUACACGUGCUCUUGCGUCAAUUAUUGAGGUUAGUUAUCUGGCAGCUAAACGAAGAAAUUUAAUUGUUGUUAUAAAUGAUAUGAAUUAUCAACAGGCAAAAUUUUUAAAAUAUUCCGAACAAAAUGAACAGCAAAUCAAUGAUGAUUUUAAUAAUGCUUAUCAAGCACGAAAAACAUUAAAAACUUUAUUGAAAAGUAUUAAUAUACCAAUUUUUGAUAAUAUAAGUGUUGCAUUAGAAUGUGCAGCAUUCAUAUUAGAUACAACAAAUAAAACAUUGAAUGAAACUGAAUUAAUCAAUGAAAAUAAUAAUAAUGAAGAAAAAACAAGUCGAGACUGUAUAUCUCCUGAUGUACCAUCUCGAUCACGUUCAUGUUCCAUAUCAGAAAGCAGUAAUCAUAUUACAAUAAAUUCUCGACAUCGUUUACGCUCACCGUCUGUUGUUGUUAUACGUUCGUUAUCAAAUAAGACUACGUAUCAUUCAAAUGAUGAAUUUUACGAAGGAGUGAAGAAACAACUUGAAUGUGAAAAAUAUAAAGAUGAACCACAACUCAAGAAUCGUCGCAGUAGUUUGAAUGACCAUUCACCAUCAUCAGCUCACCUCCAACCAGAAAAACUAUCACCAAUUAAAUCGUGUCCUCUUCCUCAAUCUCCAUCAUCGUCUAAACAAGGUUCAACGGCAUCAAAUAUUUUACUUCCACAAUCAUUAUGUCCACCCCAUUCACAAUAUCAAUAUGAAAAUCCUUUUCUCCGUUCAUUUGUAUUUAAUUCUGGUUCAACAAGUAUUGUGCAUAAUUCAGCAUUUUGUGCAACCCAAUUAUCAACAUGUGACUCAGCACUUGGUAGUGAUGAUUCCUUAUCAUCCAGAACACUUUCAUCUUCAUCGUCCUCUUUUACGUCAUCCUCUGUAGCAUCAGAGUAUUGUGAAUAUUAUGAUGAACAUCGACAUGAGGAGCAAAUAAAACAGCAAACAAGUAUCAAUGAUUCUUCACAAUCAUCAACAUUUUUUUCAACGAUACUUUCUAAAUUUUCUAUGUAUACCCCGUUUAUCAGUAACAAUGAAACAGUAUCUCGAUCUUUAUUUGUCUUACUUACGUUACCAUUUCGUUUUCUACGGGAUAUUGUAUUCCAACCCACCAUACCAGCCAUUGUUCAUGACAACAAUGACCAAUAUAAAUACCAUCAAGAAGAAGUGUCAAAAAUUGAUAGUCUGCCGUCUUCAUCAUCCUAUUUAUAUGAUAUUUAUUAUGCCAGUGGUAACGAUAAUAAUUGGUUUAAUAAUCAUGUAUUACCCUUAUUAGAAGAGAAUAAAAUAACAUAUUUAAAAAAAACACGUACACAAUUGUUAUGCGAUAUCCAUGAUAUUCAUGCACGUAACAAAUGUCGUCUCAUUUAUUACGUCAUAACAAAUAUGGAACGUUUAUCAGAUUUAUCUACAGAGCUAGCUUUUAUUAUUGGUGACCAUACAUCACAUAUUGUUAUUUGUUUACAGUAUAUCGAUGACUUUAAUCAAAAUAAUCUUAAUUUAUCUUUAAGUGAAAUACGGGACAUAAAUCGAUCGAGGAAUUGUCAUCUAUGUUGUUCUAAAAUAAUGGAUAAUUUAAUAAUGUCAGAAGUAUCUUCGACGACAGUGUGUGAUGAUGAAACAUAUGAUAAUACCUAUUUUUCAUUAUCAAAUCAUUCAAAUAAAACUCUCAAUAAAAUAUCUGAAUAUUUUCAACAAAAAUUUUUAUGUGAUAUCCUAUUGAUUUGUGGUAAUAAACGGAUAGAAGCACAUCGUAUUGUUAUCAGUUCUAUGUCAGACUAUUUUUAUGCAAUGUUUUCAUCCAAUAUGUUAGAAACAAAACAAAAAGAAGUUAUUAUUAAUGAUAUUGAUCCGGAUGCGUUAGAAAAAUUGAUUAAUUACGCCUAUGACGGUAAAAUAGAUUUUAAAUUUGAUUCUGUUACCAGUAUUUUGAGUGCCGCAAGUAUGCUCAAUAUUUCGGAAAUCGUUGAAGCGUGUUGCAAUUAUAUUAUUAAACAACUGCAUGCAUCGAAUUGCCUAGGCAUAUUUAGAUUUGCUGAACAUCAUAGUUUAAAAAAUUUAUGCAAAGUUUCUUAUAAUUUUAUUACGGAACACUUUAGUGCUGUGAUAAAAAAUCAUGAAUUUCUUGAAUUAACGGCGGAUGAACUGAAAAAAUUAUUAGAAUCGGACGAUUUAAAUGUACACUCAGAAGAAAUUAUAUUUGAAGCAUUUCUUUCAUGGUUACAGUAUGAUAAAGAAAAACGACAAAAUGAAAAUUUAGCACAAUUAUUAGGUUCUAUUAAAUUACCAUUGAUCAAACCGCUAUAUUUGACCGAUCAUAUUGAUUCAAAUCCAUUAUUUAAAGAAAAUACGCAAUGCCAGGCGUUAAUUAUUGAAGCUAUGCGCUACCAUUUAAUACCUGAACGACGUUCUAUAAUGCAAACAAUACGAACUAAACCUCGAAGAUCAACAAUUGGCUCACUCUAUUGUCUAGGAGGAAUGGAUACUACUAAAGGUCCACAAACGAUCGAAAAAUAUUGUUUCCGUACCAGAUUUUGGCAUCCGGAUGGACAUUUGAAUAGUCGACGUUUACAAUUUGCUAGUGUUUUGUUAGAUAAAAAGUUAUUUGUUGUUGGAGGACGAGAUGGUCUGAAAACUUUAAACAGUGUGGAGUAUUAUGAUUUACAAAAGAAACAGUGGCAUGUGUCUCCUCCAAUGCUAACAAAUAGACAUGGACUAGGCGUAGAACAAUUAGGAGGCCCUUUCUAUGCUGUUGGCGGUCAUGAUGGAUGGUCGUUCCUAAACACAGUUGAACGAUUCGAUCCCCAAACACGAAUUUGGACUUAUGUAUCGAGUAUGUCUAAUGCUAGAUGUACAUUAGGCGUCGGCGUGUUUGAAAAUCGUCUCUAUGCUGUGGGAGGUCGUGAUGGAAGUUCAUCGGGCUUGAGAAGUGUUGAAUGCUACGAUCCUCAUACCAAUAAAUGGCUUCAGUGUGCUUCGAUGCAAAAGCGGCGUAGUGGAGUUGGUGUAGCUGUUUGUAAUGAUUUUAUUUUUGCAAUUGGAGGUCACUCAGAUUCCUCGGCAAAUAAUAAAAAUGCUACAAGACACGAUGAUGGUGAACGAUAUGAUCCACGAUGUGAUCAAUGGACAAUUAUUGCGAGUUUUUCUCGUCCAAAGGAAGCAAUUGCGGUGGCUACAUUAGGUAACAAAAUUUUUGCCGUCGGUGGUUUCAAUGGUGAAAAAGUUGUGGACGAAGUAGAAAAGUACGAUACAGACAAAAAUACUUGGACAAAAUGUGUCUCAUUGCAUACAAGACGUGCUGGUGCCUGUCUGUUACACAUACCUAAUUCCGUUUAUCAACCAGUACUUUCGUCCAGCUCCUAUUCAUUGAAUUCAUUAUGUCAGAAAAUUAAAGAUCCUGAUAUAUCAUCAAGUUGCCAUCAACUUAGUCGCUUAACAUUAUCUUAA